CAUCUGUCAAAAUUUGAAGUUUAUCUUUUGGUACCGCCGUGCCAUUAAAAACUCGCAGAAUAAUGGAAAUACGUUCAUUCAUUACAUAUUUUAGGCGCUAAGUAUUCAUAAUAUUUAAUUUACGAAUAUAAACUUUAAAUUUUAUUAAUUAAAUCGCUUUAACAGUGUAACAAAUCAGAUUAUGUAUAAAAUAACCUAAUACCUAUAAACUUUUCGGUUAUAACUUAAAAAUUAUCGAUAAACCAUCACAAAAUGCAAAAGCUGCAGGACAGCGUGUUUUCAAUAAUCAAAACAACCAAUUUAUCUCCCGCUGUGUUCAGUUUUCUGCAACCAUCGGAGGACAGUCCAGAUAAAUCCCCCAUCGGAGGGAUCCUGAAAGACACUAGGCAUGGGUGGCUAGCGCUGGGACCUAAAUUCUGCGUGGUUGAUCUCAGAAGCGGGCUAAAAGUUGCCGCACGCAUAUUUGGUAGUGCUGCGAGCAGUUUGUACAUUCACGUAACAAAUGUGGUGGAACUCCCCACCACCACUCACAGGAACUCUCAACAACUCAUAAUAAGUUUACAAUAUGAAGACACUGGGCUCAUAUGUGUUCUACACAUCAACGGUUCCCAGAUACUCCGUUAUGUUUUGAUGGUGUACUGA